CUAUGGGAAUUUUCUAUUAUAUAUCACAAAUUUGGACGAGGGGAGUACAUGAUUUAAAAAUAACGAAAACUCAUCUCGAUGGAAAAAUCGAACAAAUUGUUUGGACAAAUGCAUCUCUUUGCCCUUCAAAAUUUCAUGAUCAUUUUAAUGAUAAUUUUUUUAAUGAUAUGAUAAUUGAUAACAUAAAUAAUGAAGAGCCGUUAAUUUACUGGUUAAAUAAGUAUUAUAUAUUUGUGACAGACAUUAACGUUUCUAUGUGCAAUACAAUUUUACACAAGGAAAACGUAAGUGAUAACAUCUUAUUCCAAUCUAUGACGAUUGACAAAACAAACAUCUACAUUUUACCACUACAUUUUGACAAAAUAAUAUUUAAUACGGAUAAUGACGAUAUGCUUCCAUUUAUGUACGUUUUGAAAAAGAAAUAUGCAAGUCUUAAGAGCGUAAAUGCAGCCGAAUAUGUUGAAAAGACAAUAAUAAGCUCAUAUGAUUGGUUUCCUAAAAUUUACGCUUUUGAUAAAUCUGUACAACCAUAUCCUCCAAUGAGAUGUCUGACACCUUACGAAAAAGUUUACAAUUUUGAGAAUGUGAAUGCAACGGCACACAGCAUCAUCGUAAAUUUUCCGGAGCCGGUAGUAAAGAGUGGAUGCAAAAAAUAUAAUUUACCAACUACUAUAUAUACUAUCUCUGUAAGCUGUUUAGACCACAACCUCAACAAGUCUGAGAAAUUCAAUGUGCUGCGAUAUGUGACGUGCGAGCGAUAUUACGAGAUUCAGAACUUAACACCAUUUGCAGAGUACAGGUUGAAGUUUACUUUAAGCAAUUUUUACUUUGAUCAAUUAUCAAUAAAUCCAUUCGAUUCGAAUGUGAUAUCAGUAAAAACUAAUUCGGGCAAGCUUAAUGCACCAGAAAACAUAAGUGUUCUAGCUUUGACGCCUACUAUAGCAGUUGUUCAUUGGAUGCCACCCAAGAAAUUGAACUGCAUAAGCGUGACCUACGAAGUGCAUUGGAAGUCAGUUACAUUAGUGAACGGCACGCAACAAAAGAGCAAACAAUUGAUCAAUGUGCCGAAACGUAUGGCAGACGGUAGAUUUUUCACAAAGAUUAUCUUGUCGCUACCACAAAAUUACUUGAUAUACGUGCGUGUGUAUCCAACUAAUUUCAGCGAUUUGUACAACGAGAGUUUAAGCAAGAUUGUUCACAUAUACUUAGAACCAAACAAUAUUACUUUGAGCGGGGUCAACAUAAAUAGCAUGAACAUUUCAUGGAUCUCAAACAUUAAUCUGACCCUUUUUACACUAGAGUACAAAGAUAUUACAGCAGAAAAGUGGCAAAAAAUGAAUUAUGUUAAAGUAAAUUAUAACAAUGAAGUAAUGUACCAUGUCGAAAAUUUACAAUCGGGAACUUUAUACAAGUUUCGCUUGAUAUUCAGAUAUCUUGAAUAUGAGGAAAAUUUUAUAUGGCCGGCUGAUGAAAGAUUUAUUUUUUCAACACUUGAAAUUCCGAGCACUCCUGGAAUAAUAGCGAUAAAAUAUUACUUAUUAUUGAGUUUGUUAAGUUUUAUCGUUAUAGUUGCUAUAAUUUGCGUUUAUCGUUUGUAUUGUCAACGCAGAGGUAAUAAUGAACAAUUUUUGUCUUCAACAAUGACCGAUGUAGAAUUGGCGAUUCUACAUGAAGAAUCUUGGCUAAGCAUUCUGGAUGAAUGUGCGAUAACUAAAAUUGCACGAAAUCAAAUUACAUUUACAAAACUUCUUGGUAGUGGCACAUUCGGAAAGGUGUUUCAAGGAAAGUUGAAGGACUUAGAAAAAUCGGGCACAGAUAUAUCCAUUGCAAUAAAAACGCUUCGAAAAGAUGCUUCUUUUCAUGAGAAAAAGAAAUUGUUGAAGGAAGCCGAGCUUAUGAGUCAUUUUCAACACAAACAUAUAUUAAGAUUGUUGGGCGUUUGUUUAGAUGGAGAUUCUCCGUUAAUAGUGUUGGAAUUGAUGGAAACUGAUCUGUUAAAAUAUUUGAGAGGAUGUCGAAAUUUGCAAUCGUCAGAUUCGUUUGCUCUGCGUUUGCAAGAUUUGCUCGCCAUGUGCGAAGAUGUUGCGCGAGGUUGUUGCUACUUGGAAGAGUUGUGUUUCGUACAUGGAGAUCUAGCGUGUCACAAUUGUUUAGUAUCUUCGAUAAAUCGCGAGAGUCGUAUCAUCAAAAUUGGAGAUUUUGGGUUAGCUAAAGAUAUCUACAAGGAUGAUUAUUAUCGCGUGGAAGGAGAAGGUUUGUUUCCUAUUCGCUGGAUGGCACCCGAAUCUUUGAUGAUCAGAAAAUUUACUUCUCAAAGUGAUAUUUGGUCAUUUGGGGUAUUAAUGUGGGAAAUUACAUCGUUGGGUGAGCAACCUUAUAGAGCCAAGGCUAAUGAAGAAGUGAUAAAUUAUGUACGUGCUGGAGGCAGGUUGCCAAUGACUCUUAACUGUCCAUCACCAUUGUAUCAGUUGAUGCUAAGUUGCUGGAGUGCAGCGAAUGCUAGACCAAAUUUCGAAUUUUGUCUGAAAAAUAUUAUAACAUUAAGAAAGAACAUAGAGAAUGCCUUAUUGAAUCCGCUCGAUACUAUUUAGCCGGUAUAUUUAAAUUAAUGUUUAUCUUAUUGUCUAAACGAUUCAAUAAAUUUUAA